ACCUGUAAUUUGGCUGAGGUUUGUGCCUGCGUUCGCUUCACAAGGUCGUAUACAGAAUCAGAGGUUGAGCAGAGGUGGCGCCUUCUUCUUUUUAAUCCAGCGGUUUCAAAAACAUCUCGAGAGGCUAUAUUUCACCUUCCACAAAUUGUAAAGUGUCGACUUGAUGCUCAGAUCCCCUUUUCCGGUGAAGAGGAUGCUCUCCUUAUGACAAUUUCCUACAAUGAUGUAUAUAAGGAGAAUCUGGACAAAUAUUUCGUCUUUGAAAGACUUUUGAAUGAUCAUUCGCGAGUGUUCUACUCCACAAGAACUCCUUCUCAUCUUUAUUCGCAAUGGAAUCGCUUACGUAGCUGUCGUUUGAUUUCUGAGGAGGGUUUGGACAAAGGCUCGGAUAUUGGUGGCGAUCCUGAGAGUUUUUCUGACACCGAAUUUAUUAUUCAGGAGACGACAGCGCGAGUGAUGCAGGCGGGCCUGCCUCACCUAAUGGAAUCCUCAAAUAUUGCUAGACGGAAACGUUUGCUUGCAUCAGCAGUCACAUAUCAUGGGUUUCAGGCCAGUGUCAGUCAGGCGGUGGCAGAUUCGCUUGUGAAAUACCGACGCUCUCAUUCUUUUUGCGCAUCUUCUUCAAGUGGGACUAAUCGGGUUCUCCCUCGCAGUCCUAGUUGGGCUGGCUUUAGAAGUGAAUCCAUUGGCGUUGAGCAAUCGGACUUCUCCAAUUCUGGUCAGGAGGAAUUGGUACCUGAGAUCCAACUGGAGCGCUAUCGAGCGAGGAGGCGCUUACACGCGAAAAUGGCGCGCGUGGAAGAGGAGGCGCGUCGUUGGACGGCCUUAGUUGAGUCUAAGGUGGCCAAUGGGAUCAUUAUAUCAGAUCAUCAGCCUAUCUAUCCCACCCUCGCAACCCUUACAGGCAGACGUUCACGCUUUCUCAUCAAAUGCAAGAACGUAACGUUUGGUCGAACUGUACACAACUUCGCCCCAGACAUCGACUUGUCCCGUGAAGGUGAAGCGUCCCGUAUUUCCCGACGUCAUGGGAAAAUCAGUCUUGCCGAUAACGGUGUGUUUUGGCUCACCAAUCUCUCCAAACAUCCCGUUUUGGUAGAUGGGACCCCGGUGCUGAAGGACAAAAAGUAUCAACUCUCCGACAAGUCAAUAGUCUGCAUUUCGCAUCUCUCGCUCCGCUUUGACGUCGAACAUGAGCAUAUAUCGAUGCUAUCAGGACUUACAAACGUCGCUGCAGUUGGGGACCUGGAGUCUCCCCUUCCUAGAGGAAGGAAUCAAACAGAUGUACAUGGUCAAGCAAUGGAUAAGGGAGGAUGA